UUUAUUGUUGUAUCCGGGCAUUUUCAAGAUGGAUGCCUCCAUGAAACAAGUGCGCCAAAUCACUUUGUGAAAAUCAUGUUUAUUCACUAGCUCUUUUCCUGGGGCACGUCUAGAGGAUAUACUUUAAGUAAAUGUAUUUUGGACACACUCUGUUUUACAUCGAUUGAUACGGAUAAAAACACUGCUGCAUUUAUUUCAAAUAUGUUUAUCGGCUUAUGCUGGUUGUUAGCAGACGAUUUUUUGGUGUGGAACGUGAGUAACCGUGGUCCUGUUAUGUAUUGUUAAAGUGUAUAUUUGGACUCAAAUUAAGGUGUGACUUUUAUAGAAGUAAAUUGGAACAAUGUCUUAUCCAGUAGACCACAAAACAGUUUUUGUAUUGGAUCGCAGUCCAUUGUUUGCUUCGUCUUGCAACCAAAGCAUUGAAUAUGAUGUUUUGUCGAAAACAAGAACUCCCGGAAUUAUACCAGCUGCGCCCAUCAUGAAAUCUUUAUGGACAUGCAACGUGGAAGUUAUGGCAGAAUAUAUGCGGAUCGUCUACGAUAUAUUUCCGUCCAAAAAAUUGAUACGAGUUGUGACCGGAUCACAGUCGCUGAAUGGUUGGACACAGAAGGAUCAGAACAUCCAACAUGUGAUGCUAGGGUUGGGUCAGAUUGGACCCCCAAACACAACAAGUAAGGACGAUGACUACAGUAUGAUGCAUGGUCUGUCACACGCCAUUGAGAUCCUUUGUGAGCCAACAGAGAUUCAGGCUGAAGACAUGGAUACGAUCCAGAACAAUGGACGAAUCAUUUGUCUAACUUCUGUCAAAAGUGAAGCACAAGUAAGGAUGUUGGAGGAAUGUGUGACUGAUGCUCUCAACCAGCACAACAAGUUGGCUGCCGCUUCAGACAGUCUGAUGGUCAUUGAGCACUGUGAGUUACUAUUGAUACACAUUGUACCAGUUGGAGAUGACACCAAGAUUGUGGAUAAAGCCAAUCGUCAGGUGUCGCCACAGUUGAACAGCGAGGUUUACUCUACACAGUCCGGUCGUCACCUGUACAACAGACUCAUACAACUGGUACAACAACACUAUACCCUCGCCUCCACAACAGUUACUGGGAUUCCCAUGAAGGAGGAGCAGAAUGCCAGCUCAUCAGCCAACUACGAUGUGGAAAUCCUUCACCCCUUCAGUGUUCAUCAGGACCUCCUCAAGUCUGCUCAUGGAGAUGGAUUAGUGAUACCAUCGAAGGAAGGUCUUCCUACAGAAACUAUCACGUUGAAAUGGUGUACCCCAAAGUCCAACGUCGUAGAAAUGCACUACUGUACAGAUGUGCACCGAGUGACCCCAGUGGAUGUCAACAGUCGGCCAUCAUCCUGUCUCACAAACUUCCUGCUCAGCGGUCGAGCUGUCAUGCUGGAGCAGCCAAAAAAGACUGGCAUCAAGGUCAUAUCACAUAUGCUGGCAAGUCAUGGUGGGGAGAUCUUCAUCCACGCCAUACAUACAGGACGGUCCCUGUUGGAAGAUCCUCCUUCCAUCAGUGAGGGGUGUGGGGGACGGGUCACCGACUACAGAAUCAAUGACUUUGGCGAAUUUAUGAAAGAGAACCGACUAGCACCAGCUUUACCCAACAUGUUAGAAGAACCAGAAGACCCCCCACUAGACCGGGCUCAGAGCCACCUGGAGAGAAUGAGUCGAUACUGGCCAAUGGUGAUAGGGGAGACAAUUAUCUUCAAUAUGGCUUCACACAUAGACCCAUUGCCCACUCUGAUUGUGAAGGAGACAUUGGAUGAAGAUGAUGUCAUUGAGUGUCGUAAGGCCAUCUACCAUGUCGUUGGAAUGGAGAGUCGAAAUGAGGCUCUGCCAAUCACAUCCAGUGGCUCCAGGGCUAAAGGUCCAAAGAGGGAUGAGCAGUAUCGACAGAUGUGGUCAGAGCUAGAGGCAUUGGUGGGUGCUCAUGCCUCAACGUCGCCCAUGCAUCAACGCAUUCUUGAUUGUAUCUUGGACUGUAAGAAAACUGACGACUCUAAACCAUCACCAAGGAAGGGAGAAAAGUCAGUAAAGGAGGAAAAAAUGGACGUUGAAAGCCAGGCAGAACAAUCAUGGAAAGAACUAGAAAAAUACGAGAAGAUGACAGAGAGGGAGAAACAGGAUGCCAACAAAGCCGAUAUUGCCCCACAACCAAAACGUCAGAGAACUGGGCUGGAGGGCCCCUUCACACCCACUGGGGCAGGUCCACAGAACCUCCUUUCUUUGUGGACCAAUAGGAUAAAAUCAGUACACUCAAGAAGGCACGAGGAGUUCUCAGGUCGACAGGAAAGUGGCGAAGGCAUCGCGGAGCUGUACAAACAUUUAAACGAACCUAAGGAGACUGGGGAACAGACAAAGAUAUAAAGUCUUAAUACAAAAACAAGUUUGGGUUGAUCUUGUAAGGAAUUUUCCAACAUAAUGAACUGUGGUAAAAAUAUUUGGUGUUGAUGUGAAUUACCCCUCAGGAGGUUGAUAUUUAGAUUACGAAAAAUUGUUAUCAUUUGUUUAGAAUGCUUAAUUAUUCAACAUUUCGAAUAUUUAUCCAUUUAAACUGUUUGUUCAGAUAUACAAGACUUAUUCCACAGCUGACAGAAUAACAGAACAUUUACAGAACAUUAUUGAACUUCCCUUCUCACUGACUCUAUAUUAUGAACAAGAAUUUUUUUGUUCAUUACCAGUGAACUGGAUCCCUGGAAUGCGUCUUUUUAAGUGAAUUCGUCUGUUUUGUUUAUAAGAAACAAAACUGUUUGCAUGGACAUUAUUAUCAGGACUUUUUAGUGUUCCUGUAUAUUAUGUGUGGCUGACAAAGUUCCCAUGUUACAGCCUCAACCGAUUUCUAGCAGUAUGACUGUCAUUUAUCAUGAUCAUCUUCUAAAGAACAUCAUCUACGAAGGACAAACUAAUGUACCCUGAAACAACAAUAUUGUAAUGACCAUAUGUUUAGUCAGAGACGUAGUAUACGUCUUUGGUUUAGUACAUGUUUAUGGCUCACUAAACAUGAAACAAAUAAAAACAUAAUUUUACAAGAAA